AGCGGGGCGGGGUCGGGCGCUGCGGCGGGGUCGGGCGCGAGGGAGGCGCGGCCGUUGCCUCCCGCCGCCACCUGAGGGAAGGAGCGGAGCGGGACCUCGCGCUGAGCCUGUCUUGAACAGCUACAGCCAAAACCAUUGCCUCACAUGAUCCUAAAGAGAAGUGCAGGCUUGUUGAGGUUGGAAGGAGCCUCUCAAGAUUAUCUAGCCUAACCCUCAAGCUACCUGACAGAGGAAGAAUGUAACCUGGCUGCUGUUCUAUCAGGAUGGAGUCAAUUGUGUGGGAAUGUGGUUAAACAUCUUAAUACCUUAACCUAAUACACGGUGUCUAAUGCUGUGGCAAAGCAAGAUGCCUCAUAUGUCUGUCUCAAAUACAUCAUGUUCAGGACUGAGCUAACAAUGCUGUACACCGAGAGUUUCCCAGUUUCGAAGAACCGAGACGAGGACUGCAAAUACUGCUGCUGAAGUGAAGUCAGGAGGCAGGAGAAGAGCUGAUAGAGCUUUCUAGCUGGGCUCAGGAACUGGCCCCAUUCACAGCGUGGAAGGAUGGCUGUUAGCUGGAUGUUCUGCUGCUUUUGGCUUUUGGAUGUGUUGGUGGGCCACGCAAGAGGGCACAGUUUAUUUUCUUGUGAGCCCAUCAUCCUGCGGAUGUGCCAGGAUCUGCCUUACAACACCACCUUCAUGCCUAACCUUCUGAAUCACUAUGACCAGCAGACAGCAGCAUUAGCAAUGGAGCCGUUUCAUCCGAUGGUGAAUUUGGAAUGUUCCAGAGAUUUUCGACCAUUUCUAUGUGCCCUCUACGCUCCCGUGUGCAUGGAGUAUGGCCGUGUCACUCUCCCGUGUCGCAGACUCUGCCAAAGAGCAUACAGCGAGUGCUCCAAGCUCAUGGAAAUGUUUGGGGUCUCUUGGCCCGAGGAUAUGGAGUGUACCAGAUUCCCGGAUUGUGAUGAGCCAUAUCCUCGUCUUGUUGACCUCAGUUUGGGUGGGGAGCCCACAGAAGAGGCCCCAAUGGCAGUACAGAGGGAUUAUGGUUUUUGGUGUCCUCGAGAGCUGAAAAUAGACCCUGAUCUGGGUUACUCUUUCCUGAGGGUACGGGACUGUUCCCCUCCUUGCCCAAAUAUGUACUUCCGGCGUGAAGAGCUCUCCUUUGCUCGCUACUUCAUCGGAGUGAUCUCCAUCGUCUGCCUUUCUGCUACCUUGUUUACUUUUUUAACUUUCCUGAUCGAUGUCACAAGAUUUCGCUAUCCAGAAAGACCGAUCAUAUUUUAUGCUGUCUGUUACAUGAUGGUGUCGUUAAUCUUCUUCAUUGGCUUUCUGCUUGAAGACCGAGUAGCAUGUAACGCAUCUAGUCCUGCCCAGUACAAGGCUUCUACGGUGACGCAGGGCUCUCACAACAAAGCCUGUACCAUGCUUUUCAUGGUGCUCUAUUUCUUUACCAUGGCUGGCAGUGUUUGGUGGGUCAUUCUUACCAUCACGUGGUUCUUGGCAGCUGUGCCAAAAUGGGGCAGCGAAGCAAUCGAGAAGAAAGCCUUGCUCUUCCACGCCAGUGCCUGGGGCAUUCCAGGAACUCUAACCAUCAUCCUCUUAGCAAUGAAUAAAAUUGAAGGUGACAAUAUUAGCGGCGUAUGUUUUGUUGGCCUCUAUGAUGUGGAUGCAUUAAGAUACUUUGUACUUGCACCCCUCUGCCUGUAUGUUGUUGUUGGAGUUUCCCUUCUGCUAGCUGGCAUUAUCUCUCUCAAUCGGGUUCGCAUUGAAAUCCCAUUAGAAAAAGAGAACCAGGACAAGCUAGUGAAGUUCAUGAUCCGGAUUGGCGUGUUCAGUGUUCUGUACCUCGUGCCACUGUUGGUUGUAAUUGGCUGCUAUUUCUAUGAGCAGGCUUAUCGAGGUGUGUGGGAGACGACGUGGAUUCAAGAACGCUGCAGAGAAUAUCACAUCCCCUGUCCCUACCAGGUCACUCAGAUGAGUCGUCCAGAUCUGAUCCUCUUUCUCAUGAAAUAUCUCAUGGCUUUGGUAGUUGGGAUACCCUCUGUCUUCUGGGUUGGAAGCAAAAAGACCUGUUUUGAGUGGGCCAGCUUUUUCCACGGACGCAGGAAAAAAGAAGUUGUCAAUGAGAGCCGCCAGGUGCUGCAGGAGCCAGAUUUCGCUCAGUCUCUUCUGAGGGAUCCCAACACCCCCAUCAUCCGCAAGUCCAGGGGCACCUCCACCCAGGGCACGUCCACCCACGCCUCCUCCACCCAGCUGGCCAUGCUGGACGACCAGAGGAGCAAGGCAGGCAGCGUCCACAGCAAAGUGAGCAGCUACCACGGCAGCCUGCAUCGCUCACGUGACGGCCGGUACACCCCCUGCAGCUACCGAGGCGUAGAGGAAAGGCUUCCUCACGGCAGCAUGUCCCGGCUCACCGACCACUCCCGGCACAGCAGCUCCCAUCGGCUCAACGAGCAGUCGCGCCACAGCAGCAUCAGGGACCUGAGCAGCAACCCGCUGACACACAUCACGCACGGGACCAGCAUGAACCGCGUCAUCGAGGAGGACGGGACCAGCGCUUGACCCGCUGCGUCGGCUCGCGGCCAUCUCGGCCCCGCGGCGGCGCUCGGUGUUACCAUGGCUCUUGGCAGGUGCUGCUUUUGUGCAUCAGGAAGCCGAGGCCGGCUUCUCCGUCCUGAAGCCACUGUUCUCAUGCCUGCAUCAGAGCUCGCCUUCAGCAAGCUUGAGUCACUGAGCACGAAGCUGGUUGCCUCAUUUGGGCCUAUCUGUAGGUAAUUAUUUAUUUGAGAACUGUUAUUUACCCGUCAGCCACCGCUGCUGAAUUCCUUAUUCUUUACGAAAAAUCGUCCCCUCCCUCCGACAUGUCUUCACGUCAGCAGGUGCCACCACCAAGACCUCGCUGCCAGAGUCACGCCGACACGUUUUCUAAUGGGCGUAAGGAAACUCUCUGAAUAUUGAAGGAAUUCCUCCGUGCAGCUCUUGCAUCUCUGACCCGAUAACAAACCGACCCUUGAUUUCACAGAGGGAGGGCCCCAUACUCAGUGCUGUACAAAGGACGUCUGGGAGAUAGCGGCAGGCGUUUGUAACAGAGAACACUGGAAAUGCAGCAGAGGAACGAGCGUUUGGGAGAGGAGAGGAGAUGGCUGAGGAUCACCAGCUCCUCCCAGGGCUGCUCAGGCUCAGCUGUGGGGAUGGGGGGAGGGAGGGGGGAGGAAGGAGGCAAGGAAGGGCGCUUUUUGUAGAACUUGCAUUGUCCUUGCUUUUUUUUACAAAAUACUAUUUAAAUUUUCUACUUGUUUACAAUUUCUGUAGGAAGAGAGGAAUUUUAAAACCAGUUACCUAGAUAAUAUUCAGCCACUUAUUUUUAGAUUAAUGUACAAAAGCUGAGAUCGCCCGUUCCCGAUCUCUUUAAAAAUGGAAAGAGCUGAAGUCGUCCCCCAAACCGGGAUGCGCAGCCUUCUCCUCGCCAACAGAACAAACCCUGCUGACCGACCCACGGAGCAGUGAGGAAGGCUGGGGCCGAAACAGUGGCAAGGAGCUCCCUCAGGGCUGGGCUGUGUUCCCCUCUGGCCCUGGGGCUUUGCUCUGUGCUGAGCAGGUUGGGCAGUGGGGCGUGGAGCUGAGCCCCCGUCCCGCCGCCUUGCUGUUGGAGGAGCAGACAGGUAUCCGUGCUUUCAUGGUCAACCUCUACUCCGGGUUGUUUUCGUUUCAUUCCCUACCGUAGGUUGACAGCAGAGGAUUCUCAGUUUGGGCUUUUUUGGUGUGUGAGUGGUUUGUAGGGUACAGCAAGUCUUCGCUGGCACUGCAGGCAGAAGUCAGGGUGCGUUCCAGAUGGCCGCUGAUCUUCGGAGGCAUCCGCUCCGCGCGAGGCAGCGCUGGCUGCAUCUAAACCUACCUCAGUAAUUAGUGCAGAUCUCUGCUGGGAGACGAAUACCUAUUUUUUCAUUGUCCUUGCAUCAUUCCCUCUUUCACCUGCUUGAGGCGUGUUGAAAAGCCUUUGUACGUGUUUAGAUGGCACAGCCUGGAGGGCAGCAAUAGGGCAAGAAGCGCGAUGCACGCUUCAGAGGCUUCUGAGAAGGGCAGAGACUGAGCAGUGCUGCGAUGACUCAUGUUAAUUGCAGCUGAUGACACAACAGCAAAGCACGUAGCUGUGCACUCUUUGAAAUCAGAAGUUGCUCUGGGACUCACGGUGGCCUUUAGGAAGAUAUUUACUGUCACCUGUCUGGCUCGCUCCCACCGGGCUUCUGUUCCAAAGGAGAAGCACAAACCAAACCAACAGCAAAUCCCACAGCUCGGAAGGGCUCUGCGCCCUCCUGCUCACUGCGCGUUGCAGAGGGGACACUCUGGGGCAGAGGGCUCUGUGCUCACCCUGUGUCCCUGUUUGCAGGGAUGCACAUGGUGCACUAGAGCAGCCCCUUAGGGCAGGCGGCUGUGGGAGACUGUGGAGGGAGUCACACUGAAGUAACGAAGGUCAAGUGUUUAUGUCCAUCUCCUUGGCUGAAUUUCCAGUCCUUCUUUCUUGUUAAUUGCAGCAGUGCUUCGACUUGCUUAGAGGCAGGGAGGGGAGUGGAGGAGGUCUGAAAUACAUCCUCCCAGAAGUUAGUUAAUUUGUGAGGUUUAAUCCCUGUGUUGUUUCCAGGUGGGUGUAUUCAAGCAGUCCCUUGCUCACGUAUCCCAUACACAAGGAUGGAGAGCACUCUAGUCACCCAGAAAGGGAAUUCAGAUGGAAAAGCUUAGGUUUUUCGUCAGCCCUACCUCUGUAACCCCAAGCCCUUCCUUUUAUCUGCCAAACCUGAACCAGCACGCUGCUCCUGCACGGCAUUCCUCCUCCUCAGGACUCAAAGACCUCCUUCCUAACAGCCUAUUUCAGGGGGAAGGUGGCCUCAUCCUGGAUGCAGUUGCAGGGCUCGGGCUGCCAAACCUUCAUAUCUGGGGCUGUGGAAGGUCCCUGGGGUACCCGGGCACAUUUAGGUGGUGCUUUCCUGCUGGCUCCCCCCACUCCCAUCAUGGAAUCGUGAAUCCGCGCUGUGCUUGUGCUACACAGAAAGGCGGCACAGAUCCCCCUCCCUGCUGGGUCCCCAGGGGUCAUCUUUUGGGAAGCCUAAGAGCCAAACAGCAGCAAAAAGCCUCACUUGUCUGUAAAUUCCUCUGCUCUCAAGUGCUCCGUAUUUUCUUAGCGCCUAGACCUCAGCUUAGCAGCAUGGGCUUCAGCGAUCAGCUGUACAAAGAGCAUCCAAGGACAGAUGAGCAGCACCCACUGCAUUGGGGCCUGCGCCCCUGUCCUAAAUCCAGGUGGAAGCGGGGCACGCGCUGCCAAAUGCUCCCGGCCUGGGGGCUGCUGCAGGAGCCCACGAGGUGCCCACAGCUCAGCGGGGCUGGGGCACCCAGGCUGCAGAGCAUCCCCGCGUGGUCCAGCCCUGGCAAUCGAAUGUAGACUUGAAUGUGAAAUUCCCCUCCUAUGCCAAUGUUUUAUAAGCGGGUCGGGCUUUAUUUUGGCACGCAGCGGAAUGUUCUGCGCACAUUUUGCCUACAGUGAACGGCUGCGGGGCCGUGGUUGCUCAUCCCACGCUGACGUCGGGGCUGUACCUUCAUUCUGCUGCUCCGUGCUCCGGCGCGGGGCGGUUCGCUCACGCUCAGCUCCCCAUAGGCUCGGUUACAGUAGUCCUGUGUCGGUUUGGUUACGUUUAAUUUUUAGCACUUUACCUGUGAGUGUACAAACUGGUUAUCCUGUAGUGGGUGUACAUUUUCAUUUUAGACCUUUAAGAGUUUUUAAUAAAACCAUGUAAAAAAAUCCCGGU